AUAAUAUAUAGAUAUGUUAUUGAAAGUAUCAAGUACUAUAUUUUAUUAAAUCAUGGCUGCCGUAUCUUAAAUGUUAAAUAAUUCACCGUUUAUUGGUGAUUCUUUAAUUUAGUCAUUGAAAAAUAUAUUUUUGUUAAAUAUAUUAUCAUAUAUCAUAAGUUUACUUGUUAAAAAUGGUCAAAGAAAAGCCAAAUUCGAUUAGGAUAUAUGAUGAUGAAGGCUUUCGAAGGAGAGCUGCUUGUAUUUGCGUGCGGUCCGAAGCCGAAGUUGAGGUAUUGCUUGUAACAUCGUCAAGACAUCCCGACUUGUGGAUUGUCCCAGGAGGGGGCGUGGAACCAGAGGAAGAACCUUCUGUAACUGCCUUGCGUGAGGUAUUAGAAGAAGCGGGCGUAGUUGGAAAGUUAGGACGGAGUCUGGGUGUUUUUGAGAAUCGGGAACAUAUGCACAGGACUGAAGUAUUUGUAAUGACAGUAACUCAUGAACUUGCAGAAUGGGAAGACUCACGGUCAAUAGGACGUAAGCGACAAUGGUUCUCAAUAGAUGAAGCAUUGGUUCAGCUUGAAUUGCAUAAACCGACUCAAAGACAUUACCUUCAAGAACUUAGACAUACAAAACAAGCUGCUAUCGCUUAAUUUCUCAUCUAGAGUAUAUUUAUUAUAACAGCACUCA